AUUCAAUUUCAAACACACAACACACUUUCAAUUCAAUACUCUCGCCGCUUUUCCCAAAAUGCCUCUCCUAACUUUCCCGCAUUUUCCUUCCAAUUUUCCCUCACUUUCCCGCUUCCCUAACAACCGCCGUUUCUCUCCAACUCACCGUUGUUGCUCGACCGCACCAUCAUCCGCCGACACCGCCAUUCUCUGGUUCAAGCACGAUCUCCGAACAGACGACCACCCUGGACUCCUCGCAGCCUCCAAAUUUCAAUCCAUUGUUCCUGUUUACGUCUUCGAUCACCGCAUCCUUUCUCGUUUUUCCGAUGAAAUGCUUGAACUGGUUCUGUUCGCUUUGCAAGAUUUGAGGGAGUCGUUGCGUGAUCGUGGUUCCGAUCUCAUGGUUAGGUUUGGCAAUGCUGAGAAUGUCAUACAGAACCUUGCAGCAGAGGUCCAAGCCACUUGUAUAUUUGUGGAACAAGAGGUGGAGUAUGAACUGCUCUUUAUCAUGGAUGUUGUCAACCAGCGUUUGAAUUCGAUGAAGGUUUCACAAGACACUCCAAGAAUUGAAUUGUGGAAGACUCCAUUUUAUGAUAUAAAGGUGCUGCAAAAUCUUGCUGCAUCGUAUGACGACUUUGAGAAACUCCGGCUCCAUGUAACUACACCUCUUCAGCUUUCAACACUACCUGGUGCAGAAAUGGAACUAGACUGGGGUGAUCUUCCCGCGUAUGAUGAUGUUAAGGGAUUUAUGGCUAAGAACCAACAUAAAUCAAGUGAUGAUUGGACUUUGAUCAAGGAGACAUCAGCUGAAACCUUGUUAGGCAGAGAAAUGUUGAAGUCUAGUGAGAGCGGGGAAAGAAGUUAUAGCUUUAGACAGAUGCAGUCAAGGGAAUCAAAUGAAUCUGUGUUUGUUACACAAAAAGGAAAUGUUGUAGGAGGUGGAACAUAUAAUGUACUAAAUGCAUUGGCUGCAUAUUUGAGGUAUUUGGAGGGAACGGCUCGUGAGGAUUGGCAAGAGGUACAUGCAAAACUGCGUGCUUCAGAAAGUCGAAAUGGAGCAUCGUUUAACGCACUAUUUGGUCCUGCCCUGUCUCUGGGCAUUAUAUCUAGAAGAAGAGUACACUAUGAAGCUAUCAAAUAUGAGAAAGAACGAAAUGGUGGAUUCUUACCUCCCUUUGGAUAUUCAACUGCCACCAUUGAAGCAGCAGUUGAGGCUGUGUUUUCAAAGGAGUGGUAUUGGCUUUUGGCUUUGAGAAAUCAAAUAAAUAAUGAUGAAAAACAGUCAACACGGAUAUGGAGAUGGAAUGGUUUUCUUAUUCAGUAUACAGUUGCCGGUGAAGAGGGUCCUGCUGUUCUUCUUGUGCAUGGUUUUGGUGCCUUUGCAGAGCACUACCGUGACAACAUACACGAUUUAGCUAGAGCUGGAAAUCGAGUUUGGGCUAUUACAUUGUUAGGAUUUGGCAAAUCUGAAAAGCCAAAUAUUUUAUACACUGAGCUCUUGUGGGCUGAACUAUUGAGAGAUUUUAUUGUUGAUGUUGUGGGGGAACCAGUUCACCUUGUUGGCAACUCAAUUGGUGGUUACAUUGUUGCUAUUGUUUCUCGAGUUUGGAGUGUUUUGAUCAAAUCCACCGUCUUGAUCAACAGUGCUGGCAAUGUUAUCCCAAGAAAUACAUCCUUAUCAUUGUCUAGGCCAAGUGAUAGACAAACGUCAGGGGCUACAUGGUUGGGUUCUCGCAUUCUUCUAUUUUUCUUGAGGCUAACAAUUCAAGACACUGUUAAGAAAUGUUAUCCAACUAAGGUUGAAAGGGCAGAUGAUUGGCUCAUAAAUGAAAUGCUAAGAGCAUCUUAUGACCCUGGUGUGCCUGUGGUCUUGGAAAGCAUCUUUAGCUUUAAUCUUUCCAUACCUCUUAACUAUCUUCUCGAAGAUGUCAAGGAAAAGGUUCUAAUUAUACAGGGAAUGAAAGAUCCAAUUUCUGACUCCAAUGCCACCAUAGCUAUGCUUAAAGAGCACUGUGAUGGUGUUAUAAUCAAGGAAUUAGAUGCCGGCCAUUGUCCCCAUGAUGAGGUGCCAGAAUCGGUCAAUACUAUCAUUUGUGGUUGGAUACAAAAGGUGGAAAGUAACAUUUUAGCAGGGUUCCCAGUGUAAAUUUUUUUUUACAUACGGUAACUGUACAUAAUGUUUGAUUAUAGCCGCAGGGUACCAUUAAUACACUAGUCCAUGAUUAUUUCUUGUUUAUAGUUUGUGGAUAACAGGAUCCAGUACUAACCUCAAUGGUACCUGUGCUUGUGCAUAUUAUGCUAUAAAAUUGUAUAAUUAGCUUUCCUGUACUUUUGCUUUA